UAAUUUUUGAUAAAGAUAAACCUCAAACUCAAUGUAAAAGAAUGAAUAACGCACCACAGUUUUCAUUACGUUGGAACAAUUACGUUAAUCACGUAACUGAAGCUUUUAAUUCCCUUAGGUUCGAGAAUGAUUUAGUCGAUGUGACUUUAUGUUGUGAUGGUGGUAAAAUUCGUGCCCACAAAAUGUUACUGUCUGCAUGCAGUAGUUAUUUUAAACAAGUUUUUAAAGAAAACCCAUGUCAACAUCCUGUGAUUAUAUUUAGAAAUUUUAAAUAUGAGGAUCUCAAUGCUAUCGUUAAUUUUAUGUAUCACGGAGAAGUAAAUAUUUUUCAAGAGCAAUUGGAAUCUUUUUUGAUAACUGCAGAGCUUCUAGAGGUUAAAGGUUUGACUGACAAUGUGGAUAAUGAAUCGUCUAAGAACCAGUUGAAGAUAACUGAGAGUAGUUCAUUAGAUCUAAGUUCUAAAUCAAGCAGACUGAACGACCCCCCUGUGCCUCUUCCUACUGAAGAACCCAUGAAUCUAGCUACACUGCCUGCAAAUAGAGAUGAAAACAUUCCACAAGAGAUCACCGUAGUUUCUCAGGACUCUGAAAUCCAUGUAAUUGAACCUCAACCUGAAACAUCCAAAGGUGAAAGUACAAAUUCCAAGACAAAAGUAAUAACAAAUACAAGCGAUGAAAUGCAAGUUGACAAUCAGACUACUUCAGCAGAAGACUUAUCUGAUAAAAGUAAUACAGAAUCAGACUUGGCAAAGUUUAGAUGUCAGCUAUGUCCAAAAGGUUUCAAGCAUCCAACAUCUUUGACAUUACAUAAAGACUCCCAUGCAGGCAAAACUCAGUGUCCAGUAUGUCAUCGGUCAUUCUCUCGAUCAUAUGAUAUGAGAAGUCAUUUACAGAGAAUACAUCAAGGAAAACAGUUGACAAUCAAAGAAAUAAGAUAUAAAAAUAAUAGUGAUACUGUAGUACCUAAGCAGUUUUCAAAUAAUAUAUAAAGUGUUCGGUAAUAAUGAUUACUGUUUUGCACACAGUGCACAUUUGUUAUCAUCAAAUUUUAAAAAUGUUUAUAAAUUAUAAAACACUAAAUUAUAUUUAUUUACAUUUAGCAUCGAAAGUCACAAAAAAAUUGCUCAGUGAUUUAGCCUUGGCUAUUUUUAUACUAGUCUAUUAAGUAAUAUUGUUAAUAUAAUUGUUUAUACAUUA